ACAUACAACCACAAAGAUCCAUCUCCCGGUGAGGGUUUGCUGACCUGACGUGACAGAAGCACAGCAUGAGCUCAGGUGAAGUCGUCAUGUUGACAGAAAAAUUUACAUUUGAUCCAAAAGUGGGAAUUGAUAACCCUGCCAUGAUCAUCACAGACUGCACAGACUCUGUGUGGAUUCCCAGGCCACGCAUGUGUGUUCUUAAAAGAGAAGACGGGGAGAGCUAUGGCUUCAACUUGCGGGUGGAAAGAGAUCGCCAUGGACACGUGAUUAGAAACGUGGUGCAAGGGGGCAUCGCAGCACGCAGUGGCCUUCGAGAUGGAGACAGACUACUAGAGGUCAACAACUGCUACGUUGAUGAUGUUCCCCACGCUGAGGUUGCUAGGAAGAUUAAGCUUAGUGGACAGCUGUUAUGCAUGUUGGUGCUGGACGGCGAGGAGUAUGAGCAGGCUGUGGCAGGAGGUCAGGACCUCAGAUUGUUGUCAAGGACCCUCAACGAAGAACCCUGCAAGCCACCCAGACUCUGCCACAUCACCAAGGAGCCUGGCUCAGGUUUAGGUAUCAACUUUACUGCCUUGGAAGGAGAGAAAGGUUGCUUCUCAGUGAACCUGGUGAAAGGUGGAGCGGCUGAAAAGGCCGGAGUCCGCAAGGGAGAUCACCUGGUGUGGAUGAACGGAGUAAUGGUGUCCCACCUUACACACUCUGCCCUCAGUCGAAUGAUGAAAAAAUGCGGAAAUAGCAUCACAAUCCUGGUGAUAGACAGUGAGAGUGAGAAGAUCUACAUGCAGAGGAAGAUGCCCAUUUUGCCCGCCAUGGCUGUGCCCAACAAACUGCCCUUCGGAGCCAGAAAGCUCCGCCUAAUCUCUGGGCCAGAAGGAUAUGGAUUUCUUCUCCGGCUGGAGAAGACACCAUCGGGAAACACUUAUCAUGUUCUACGUGAGGUGGACAGCGGCAGUCCAGCAGAGAGGGCAGGUGUGCAGGAUGGAGAGAUCCUGCUGGAGGUCAAUGGAGAGUCAGUGGAUUCGCUCAGACACAAUGAGAUUGUGGAAAGAGUGAGACUAAGUGGAAAGCAGGUCUUCAUCACCACAAUCAGCCAGUCUGGGUUAGGAUUUUACAACCAGCUGGGCUUGUCUCCUCUUCUGUUCUGUGACAGCGAAACAGCUGAGAAAAAAAUGGAGGAAAUAAAUGUUGAGCUAUCUCCAAAGGGAAACAACGGCUCGAGCGGUUCUAGACUCUGCACUGUCGAAAAAGAUCCUCUUGGAUUCGGCUUUCGUCUGGACUCUCUCCCACAGAGACGUGGGACUUUCAUCAGUGAGGUGGGUUCUGGAGGUUCUGGACAUAGAGCAGGACUGGCUGUGGGAGAUGUUGUGUUGGAAGUUAAUGGCAAAAAUGUAGAAGAGAAAUGUCUGGCUGAUGUGAUUGCUCUGGUGAAAAAUGGAGGGAGCUGUAUUUCUUUAUUAGUUAUGGACCGAACAAGCUAUGACAAACAGAAAGAGAAAGAGAGACCAGCGUCUAAUGUCACCGACAGCGAGGAGGGAGACGAUUUUGAGAUUUCAUUUCUGUGAGCAUGAACAAUUUUGGAGACUUUACCCAGCACCAUACAUCUGUUUAAAGACUUUAUAAAGAGAGCUGAAGAUGACAAAAACUUUUGGUGUUGUCAUGGCAAAGGGACAUCUAUCGCACCCCACGGAUUCAACGCAAAUCCAAACAAAACUGACAAGAUAAUCUCAACAUGAAUCAGUUUUAACAACAUGGUAUUUGUGAUGGCACGAGAAUGCCAUUGUGUUCAGUAUUAUAGGUUAAGGAGAGUUUUGGCCUGAUAAAUUACCUCAAUUUCAUAUAGCACAAGAAUUGCUUCGCAGCAACCAUCUGAGGAAACAAACACUUCACACGUUGGACAACAAUUUAUUAAAAGCGAUUACAAAAGUAGUCAAUAUUUGAAAUAACUCUGGGAAAGUUAUAUACCAGUAUUUUCUGAGAUUGUAGCAAAUAAGGUGGUGGUGAGCACUGUAGUGUUUUUUUUACUCUGUUAUUAAAUGCAUAUGUCGUCAGCUUAGCUUGUGAUAUGUAACUGAUAUUGCAGAUGCUGUUGUGUAAAAUUACAAUAAACAAUUAUAUUCCUUCA